AGAGUUGGCACACAAUCUCUCCCACCUCUCUUCUGCUUCCAAAUUACAAUACCAUCACAAUGACGAAGCUUGUUGAGUGGGUAAUGACUGGAACUCUUUUUCUAGUUCCCUGGUUGGCUAUUGUGACAAAAAAAUUUGAGAGUGGCUUCACCCGUGAGUUCUACGCCCAAAUUCUUUUGUUGCCGUUGCUGCUGGUAGCUGCUUUUGGUUUUAUAUCUGUAGGUAUUAUUGCCUUCAGAGUCUACAACUUCAAUGAUUGUCAAGAUGCUGCAGAAGAGCUUAAGCAGCAAAUAGAAGAGGCAAAAGAAGACCUCAAAAGGAAGGGCUUCAAAUUUGACAGCUAACAUUAAAAUUAACUUGAACAAAGUUUUUUGACAGUAUGUAUCUUGUUACAUAGGAUAUAAUGAAUGAAAAUUUCUUAUAUUUUCAAAAGAAGUAGAAAAUAUAAAAAAUUUACCACCAAAACACAUUGUGUUGGUGAUUAACUGGAAAAAAGGAUAUAUAGAUAUUAGAUACCAGUAUAUCAAGUUUUUAAUCACCAUUAAUAUGGCAAAUAUUUUUUCAUUAGUAAUUUGGUUGGUUUUGAAUAAGUUUUUUUUUUUGUAAAUUUGUCAUUAGCUAAAUUGCAAACUCCUGGGGUCGUUCAUUAUUUUGUUGGGUGCUCAUUAGUACAUGAUUGACAUUUUUUUCUAUAGCUGCAAUUGAAUCCUGAAUCAUUUACCUGAUUGCUUGAAUUCUGGCUUGGCUCACAAUAAACAAUCACUCAUUUGAAAUAUUGCUUACUUUUAUUUUCAAUUUCAGUUAGGCAAGAAUUUUUAUUUCAAUUUUUAUUUUUUUAUCUUUCUGCACUACAUUUACAUAUUGUUAAUAUCAAAUCAAUCUUGAUUUCUGACAAUUUCCAGGCUUAUUUAUGUAAGACCAGCUGCUCCAUCUCCUCAUGUAUAUUAUAAUUGGGAGAAAUUACUUCAAUUUUAUAAUAUGCUUUUUCAUGGACAAUUAUUAAUUUAUCAAUUAAAUAUUCCAUGUAAAUGCCUGCAGGAGGGCUCUGGUGAGCAGUUGUGUAGGAAUGCGACGUGAUGUUGUUAGUAACUUAAUUGCUUUAGCUCGGUAGCUCGGGAUAGAUAAGAAUGGUGUAUAUUUUAUAGCUUCGCUAUAUUUGUAAUAAUUAUUUUUUAUGUCGUGCGGGUCAAUAGUUUGUUCUAAUACAGUUCACUGAAACGUUUGAACUGAUUCAAUUUUCUUUAAAAAUGUGUGCAGUGCAAGUUUUUAUUGUUUCAUCAAUAUUGUUCAUUAAUAUUUCAGUAGAGCGUUCAAAAUUGGCGAGGUCAAAAUUCUAUGUUGCCUCAAAUAGAAUCGUACCAUUGGAUUUUAUUUAACUCGUUCAUUUAAUUAAAAGGACGAACAAGGAUAAUUUCAUCCAGGGUUAUGGGCUAAAUCACCAGCCAAUUGCUCACAUUUAUCUAGCGUGGCUUUAGAUCUGGGGGUUCCAACCGACUAUGUUUCGAGUAUAUUUUGGUGAUAUUGCUCGCAUGUGUAAUACUGACCGAUAAUUAGAUUAUACUGAUGGCAUGUAUAGUGACUGCUGUGUCAUAGGCUAACCUUUGGCAGGAAAGCAAGCAAGCCAUGCAGUUUUCUAUUUUUUUUAUGAGAAUUUACCAUCGAAUUAUGGGAAAUCGCAUUUUUAGUCUAUGGCACCCCGGAAAGUGUUGAAUGUGCUGCAAUAUUGAAAGUAUUUUGUUGAUCUGAACGCGCACUUGAGGCACUGAUGCCUUUUUGGUCGAAUAUAAAUCAUAUUUUUAAUAUUAAUUUCGCAGCUAUGCUGGAUUGUUUUCCUUAAAAUUAAAUGAAAAAUACAGCAGGACUAAUCCACUGAAAAUUCGUUGUCGCUAUCUGGGCGCUUACACUAUUCGUAUAUCACUCUUACAUUGAAAAAAAUGUUUCCAGAGCUUCCAUUUAGUUCUCAUAAAGAUAUAUUUUUUAUCAAGGGUUUUUAUAUCCUCUUGAGCUCAAAGGCCGAAAUAAAUUUUCAUCCAAGGUC